AUGGGAAAACAUAAAUACACACACUCUCGUUUAAAAAAAUUUUACAAAACUUUAAACCAAAAAAUGAUGAAUCUAAAAAAAGAAAGGGUAAACAUAAAUAUACCCGAAGAAAUCUCAAAAGAUUCUACUAUAAUUUUCGGCCAGGAAACUCAAAAACAAAAAAAGGACAGCCGACGACGAUAUCCUCCAAAAAACAAAAAUUG